AGAAGUAAUGCAAGUGCUGCUUCUCUUAAACAACUGGUACACCUAACACCGCCUCCGGACCGCCACACGGCCGCUCUCCUCUCGGUGCAAGGGUCUCAUCUCCGUCUCUAGCCUCGAACCACCCGGAUUUAUUCAUUCAAGAGGAAACAGGCUGAAAUCAUGAGUCAUCUCAACCCCGGACUGAUAUCAGCCUACAAUAGUCUGACAGACAAGCAUCUCGCUGGGUAUUUCAGCAACACUCGGAUAAGGAGACACCUGCAAAGAGUUGGUCUGAUCACCAGGAGCGGGCGGAUCGUCCCGGACAAAGAGUACAGGAACAGGCUGAUGCAUAGAGUGCACCAGAAGCACGUGAGAGAAUGCCUGGCCCAAGCCAUAUUCCACAAGGUCCUGGACAUGGAGCGCGUCCAUCAAAUAGACAUCAAACGGAGGCUGGAGGAGUUUGCUCGGAGGGAAAGAGUGCAUAAGAUGAAGGUGGAGCGCUCCAAGAGGUACGAGGAGGACCUGAUCCAGAUCCUGUCCCCCCGGCCCCCGACCGGCCCCAGGGGGGUCCGCACACAGCACUCUGUGCCAGAGGGAGAGCCCUCAGAGUCCAGCGAGUCUCCGGGCUCCUCUCGUCCGCACACGGCCCCGGAGACCGUGCUGCGGCCGGCCCGCCUGCAGCCCAUCACCUGCAGCGGCACCGCCGCCUCGCUGCGGCGCCGGCCCCCCCGCAGGCACCGCGUCUCCGCAGACCACCGCCAGCAGCAGCCGCUGGACGGCACCAACCCGGACGACAGGAACCCACUGAAGCGCGGCAUCACCGCAGAGCUCUGCCAGGGCGUCUCCCCCUACUGCCUCCCGGUCAUCAACAACUUCGUGACCCCCGUGCCCCCCACCACCAAGAGGAGAGACCGGGGGACGAGGGUCACCUCCAACGGAACCGUUAGGGGGCGUCGGCUACGCUCCACCACCACCAGCGACGCCAAUGAGGAGCCGCCGAUGCUGCGCGGCUCGGUGCACCAGAGCAGAGUGGGCGUGAACAUGGUGUACUGCGGCAAGACGGUGCACCUGUCCCGGGACCUGGGGGACCUGAGGGACGAGGUCAAGGUCUUCCAGCAGCACUGCGGGGGGGAGAACCUCUGUGUGUACAAGGGCCGGCUCCAAGAGGGGGAAGCGUUCCAGUUCGUGUCUCGCCGGCACCGAGGCUUCCCCUUCAGCCUCACCUUCUUCCUGAACGGCCUGCAGGUUGAGCGCAUCAGCUCCUGCUGCGAGUUCAAACACCGCAGGGGCUCGCGGCUGACCGGCCGCCGAAAGCACUUCGGCUUCACCGGAGUGGAGGGAGCGUCUCCCUGUUACAAGUGUAUCAUAGCGAUGGGCUUGGACAAGAAGCCCACCCCUCCUCCAAAGAGGGUGACGGACGGUACGGAGACAGAGACGACCAGCAGUCCCAGUGACGCCCACAAGGAGACCGCCGAGGAGAAGGAGAGGGAGGAGGUGGAGGAGGACGAGGAGGAGAGGACUGCCUCCACGGCGGACCCCCGGACACCUCAGCCUCAAGACAUGGAGACGGACAUCAAGGAAGAGAUCAUACAUGAGGACAAGCCCAGAGACGAUUAUGAGGAGGAUUUCGAAGCAGAUGACGAGGCAGACGAGAACUCCAAGGCGAAACAGAGCAAAGCUCCGUCUCACUCCACUGACAAAGAACAGCAGAGGAAGGACAAGUAUGCCUCAGACAGUGAAGACGAUGAUGGAGAUGAGGGCAGUCGGUCCCGCUCAGCCUCCAGGUCCUCCAGCAGUGAGCGACCGAGCGAGGACGAAGACCCCAAAGGGGACCACCGGCACGCAGCCGAGUCUGAAGACCCCCGAGGAGACGCUGACCCUCCGGAGCCCCGCCGAGAGGAACCCCCCGCCGAACCCGCGGCCGGAGACCCCCCGACCGAAGCGGAUACCCCCGACACCGAGAUCCCUGUACCAUCAUUGUCCCCGCCAUCACCGCCAUCACCCCCACCCGAUCCACCGGCAGCCCCCGCUGCGGCCGAGGAAGCGGAGGACCACGGCGGUAACGGGAGGGACACGGGGGAGACGGCGCCGGAGGAGUCAGAGACCAGCGUCCCCCCCGGGAGCGAGGGUAAGGGACACGAGGACACCCCCACCCCCGCUUCGGUGGCAGGCGACGGGGAAGGGGAAGGGGUGCCCGCGGAGCCGGAGAGAGCCAAGUCUGUUCAGGAGAAGCUAGCAGAGGCCAUUUUAACGGAGGGCCAGUGCCACUCUGAACCAGAACUCAGUGACACCACCACAGAAGAAGACGAGGAGUUUACUGGUAGAGACAACCAGCAAAACAAUAAAGACGCUACUCCUAUUCAUUGCGAGACCUCAGAGACGCAAGAACCGACCCAGCCAGAGGAGAACAAAUGUGAGGCAAGCCUCGUCGACGCCGCAGAAGUUGAAGAGGAGACAGUCGAGCAGCAGGACGACCAGGAAGAACUCAAAGCAAAGCAAACUAACGAAGAAGCCGGCGAGGAGAAGGACGAAGAACUGCAAGCAGAAGAAGAGACGCCUGCAUUGGAAGCAGAUCCCGUAGAGGAAACGAUAGAGACAGAGAAGGAGGACUCAGAGGAGAAGGACGACAUGGAGGCAUCUCCACCCCAGGAGCCUGAGGAGACGGUGGAGGAGGAGAACCAGGAAGCGACGCCUCAAGCGGAUGAACCGGCGGAACCCGGGGACAAGGCUGCGGAGGAGAAGGAGGAGGUGGAGGAGGUUAAAAAGGAAGAAGGCAUGGAGGCCGACAGUCAACCAGAGGCCAAAAACAAUGAAGCCAAUGAGGACUUGGCAGCAUUAGAACCCGAGGAAAAGAAAGAUGUUGAAACCGCUCUGCAACAAGACGCGGAGGAGCCGUCAGCUGCAGCUACAAGUGAAACGGUGGAUGAGAACCCCCAGCCCUCGGAGGAACCGGCUACAAGUCAAACGGUGGACAACAACACCCAGCUCUCAGAGGAGGAGCCGUCGACUGCGGCUACAAGUCAAAUGGCGGACACCAACACCCCGCUCUCAGAGGAGGAGCCGGCUACAAGUCAAGCGGUGGACACCAACACCCCGCCAUCGGAGGAGCCGGCUACAAGUCAAACGGCGGACACCAACACCCCGCCCUCGGAUGAGCUGUUGACUGCGGCUACAAGUGAAACAGUGGACACCAGCACCCAGCCCUCGACUGUGGCUACAAGUCAAACGGCGGACACCAACACCCCGCCCUCGGAUGAGCUGUUGACUGCGGCUACAAGUGAAACAGUGGACACCAACACCCAGCCCUCGACUGUGGCUACAAGUCAAACGGCGGACACCAACACCCCGCCCUCGGACGAUCCGGCUGACAUCGGCGGCGGAGAGACAGCUGUGACUGGCAGGGGAAAACUGGGGGCAGGUGAGGCCACCGUGGAGACGGCAGGGACCCGAGUCCCGGCAGAGAGUUCAAGUAGCUCAUCAGAGCUGAGUGGAGCCGCCGCGGUGCUUCAAGCCGAACAGACAGCAGCAGCAGUGGAAACAAGUGGGACUAAAAUAGACCAUGACGAGCCUGUGGAGGAUUUACAUGAAGAGAGCGCUUCACAUGAGGAGAUGGAGAGCUUAAGAGGCAGAAUGACACAUGAUACAGGAGGGGAGGGCGGAAGUCUGACGUCUGUACCGCAGAACAAUGUUGAAAAGGACGAUGUAGAAAAGCAGGAGGAAGGCAAGGAUAAUAAUGUAGAAAAGAGUGAGGCAGGGCAGGUUGAAGAGGGGAGUGAUUUGGAGGCCAAAGAACAUACCGGAAACGACAGGGAGGAGGAGGAAGAAUGUAAAACAGUGGAGGAAUCAAUGCAGAAAGUUGAAGCCAUGGAAGCAACAGAACGGACCAAAGAUGGCAUAAAGGCUGAAGCAAAGGAAACAUUAGAAGUAACAUAUGACAAAGCUAGUGAAGUUGCAUAUGAAGAGAAUGUGCAAAGAGAGGAAAAGCCAGGGAAAGACAUUGAGGAAACAGGAGAUGAAAACAGUUCAAAUAAAGUUGAUGUAGAGGGAUCCGAAAUACAGGUGGCUGAAAUAGAAAACAGUGUAGAUACCAAAGAAAGUUCUCAGUCUACUGAAGACCAAGCUGUAAAACAGGCAGAACAAGUAGAAGAGAAUGACCCCCAGAAACAAGCCUCUGAGACUGCUGAGAAACUGUCCGAAACAACUGUGGAUCAAGAACCAGUGACGGAGGCUGAAAAGACAUCAGAUGAAAGCAAUGUUGAAACAGAAAAUGUUGGGGACGCUCUCAAAGCAGACAAGGCCACAGGGAUUCAACCCGAGGACGAAGCUAAAGAACUCAAAGGCAACAUGCCCGGGUCCGAUGGUGAUAAUGAAGAUAAAGACGUGGCGGAAAAUUCAGGAGCAGCAGGACAGGGGACAUCUGCUGAAACAAAGGAGAACAUUGAAGACCAGGGCAAUCAAGCCAAACGCGUUGUGGUAGGAGAGAAGAUAGAUCCUACGCAUUCAGAAGAACCAAAUGAAGAGGAGAAGAAGGAGGAGGAUCGCACUAAUGACCAUGAGGAAAAAGACAAUCAAAGUUUACCGGAAAAUGUUGAUCAGGGACCUAGAGUUUAUCAAGUUCCAAAAGUAGCUGAACUGGAGGAAGAACAGCUGCAGAGUGGUUCUAAAGUCGUAGAAUCUGCUGAAUCCAAGGAAGCCAAGGAGCCUCCUGACAAAAAAGACACAGGUAUUGACGAUGAAAGCCCAGAUGAAAAUCAGGGCAAGGGUUCAGAAAUGAACACAAAAAAGGAUGACCAGAAUCACGCCGUAAAAGUUGAUUCCCUUGACGGACCUACAGUACUGGAUACAGCAGACAACGUAGACGAUGAAAAGGUAGAAUCCAUCAUAGAGUCUAUUCUGAAUACCGACGACAACCACACAGACACUGAUCAUAACUCUGUUGUCGCUGUUGAGCCCAGUGCUGUGAGUGGAGAACACAGUGCAGACACAGAAGAAGGAAGCAAACCUUCGGAGGAAGCCGAAAGUGUGGUGUUCAAACCAGAAGCAGACCCGGCCCAGCCUACUGUCCGUCAGGCAGCACAGAGCAGAGAGUUGGGCAAGGACGAUCCUGGCCUUCUAGAGGUCAAUGAAACUAAUGAGAAAGAAUCUGUGACUGCAGGUGUCUUGGAGAGUAAAGACAACAGGGACAAUCUUGUCACAGACUGGGUGACGUUACAUCAAACUUCAAAGUACUUUGAGAAAUUUGUUGAAUCUCUAGAUGACAUGAAAGAGUUGCCAUCGAAUGCCAGUGCCGGUGCGUCUGACUAUGGGCUAUUGCAAUCUGCAAGCCUGCCUCAAAACAUGACCAGGUCUGAGAAGAAUGAGGAAAAUAUUGAGAAGAACGAAAAGGAGAGAGAACCCUUGUUAAAAAAUAGCAAAAACUCUCCCGACAAUACCAAAGUUGAACUUGCACGGUCGGACCUGAGAAGCAAUCCCUCCGAAGGCCUGGAGGAGAGAGAACCUGCUGAAGAUGAACAGAAGUUGAAGGAGCCAACUGAAGUGAAAACCAUAGCAUCCACUUCAGAGGCAGACCAGAGUACCGAAGGGUCAAACCGGACAGAUGUCAAGGGAGAGGACACUUUAGGGAAGCACAAAAACGACAGUGGCUCAUCUGGAGGAGACAGAGAUAAAGAUGCUUCUACCAAGGGGAACAUUGAACACUGUGACAGUUCCAAAAUGGAGACGGAAGACAUUGGAGAAAACAAUAACGUAGAGUCUGUCCAACCUGAGAGCACCACCGAGCCUGACUCUGAGCUCCCAACAGAGAAGGAAGAAGUGAAAGAUGAACCUGAGGUAGAGGAAAACCAAACAACGGUAGAGGAGAUAAAAGAUGUACCUCAGCCUGACGACACUGAAGAUGAGGCCCAUCAGGCUCCAGGAGGGCUGUCGGAACCGAAAGCCUCCCAGCCAGAGGCACAACUUGACGACACCAAAGAAACAGUGGAAAGCAAAGAGGCAGACAACACGGAAGUCACAUCCGUAACCGAUCUUAUAGCUGUAACCAAUCUCACAUCUUCCUCGACGUCCGAUAAAGGUGUCGACGAGGGCGGUCAAAAUAAACCUCAGGUCCAGUCCAAACCGUUGGAUAGGAGCAGUAGUUUGAGCAGUGAGAACAAACAGGUUCAGUUGAUUGAGGAUUUCAAACCCACUGUAAGUAAGGACCAGUUGAGCGCCUAUAGAGUGGAAGAGACCUCCCUGUUUGGUCGCAGUUCAUAUCCCCAGUUUACAACACAGACAGGAAGUGGCUAUUGACACCGCACUUGACACACCAUGUAUAGCACUUUUAAAAAUUAGAUUUAAAGAUAUUCAUUAUUUUGCACAGCGUUUAAGGCAAUCUGAUGGUAAUGAGGAAACUACCAAAACAAUCCUAAGGACCCCAAUAUAGCAGAUAUUUUUGUACUGAAAUUGAUUUGGUUGAAUGACCAAGAAUAGAAUAUUUAUUAAGGACUAAGGAAGCCCUGAAAGGACACUUGGUAUGUUUGUUUAUAAUUAAAACUCAAACGGUUUUAAUCCAUCAGUAGGCGACAAAAGAAGCUCGAUAAUGAGUUGUGAUUGUUGAACAGCUCAUCUCUUCUCUUAUUGUCCUGAACAAACAAUAUGGCAAAGCUUGUGAGCGGUAUCCGAUAG